AUGGAGGAGGAGAUGGAGGAGGUGAUGGAGGAGGUGAUGGAGGACAUGAUGGAGGAGGUGAUGGAGGAGGUGAUGGAGGAGGUGAUGGAGGACAUGAUGGAGGAGGUGAUGGAGGAGGUGAUGGAGGAGGUGAUGGAGGACAUGAUGGAGGAGGUGAUGGAGGAGGUGAUGGAGGAGGUGAUGGAGGAGGUGAUGGAGGAGGUGAUGGAGGACAUGAUGGAGGACAUGAUGGAGGAGGUGAUGGAGGAGGAGAUGGAGGAGGUGAUGGAGGAGGUGAUGGAGGAGGUGAUGGAGGAGGUGAUGGAGGAGGUGAUGGAGGAGGUGAUGGAGGACAUGAUGGAGGAGGUGAUGGAGGAGGAGAUGGAGGAGGUGAAGAUGGACUCGAUGACGGCCGUGUAG